AAAACCUAACCUCCUCAGCUCUUAUCAAAAUGCAGGUGCUCAGGCAGUUCUUCCUUUUGCCUCUCUUAGGUGCUCUAGCUCUUGCUGAAGACAACUCAACAGAAUUUGCAGGUUUACCUCGCUGUGGUGCCUCCCUCGGCGAUCUCAACAAAGCCUUAAAGAUAGAACUAAAUUCAAAUGCAAACUGUGUCUGGCAAAUUCAUAGAACUGCAAAUCAAACAAUUAGGCUCAUCUUCUCCUAUUUUGAAUUUGCUUCUUCUUCAAGCUGUGAAACAGAAAGUAUUAAAGUGUAUGAUGGUCCCUCAACUAAUUCAACUUUUCUUGGGCAAGUAUGCAACAACACUGACUCAGUCCCAGUGUUUGAAUCAUCUUCAGACAGUUUAACUUUUCUCAUAACAACAAACUCGGAGGCUUUUACAAGAAGCUUCUUCGCCUUCUAUUAUUUCUUCUCACAAGAAUCACAAAUUGAAAAUUGUGGGGGACGCUUAACCGGUCCUAAUGGGACAUUUAUCAGCCCCAACUACCCCAGGCCUUACCCUGAGUUUACCUACUGCAUCUGGCACAUACAAACAGCAAGAAAAUCGAAGAUAAGCUUACAGUUUGAUGACCUUUUCCUGGAACUAGAUAAAAACUGUCAAUUUGAUUUUAUCGCAAUCUACGAUGGCCCCACCACUAACUCUGGCUUAAUUGGAAAAGUAUGCGGUCGUUCUCAGCCCAAAUUUGAAUCUUCUUCAAAUGUUAUGACCAUUGCGUUAUCUACAGACUAUGCCAAUUCUUAUAGAGGAUUUUCCGCUCAGUACACCAGUAUUCCACUGCCAGGUCCAGCAGAGCCCAACACAUCCCUUAUGUGCUCUUCAGAGGGAAUGAAAAUUGUUCUGAGCAAGUCUUACCUGGACUCCCUUGGCUAUAAGGAAACUCACCUACAGCUGAAUGAUCCAUCUUGCAGCCCAGUUUUAACAGAUCCAGUGAUCUUUUCCUUCCCAUUAACCAGCUGUGGAACAGUUAAAACGGGAGAAGGCCAGAGCAUCACUUACACUAACACCAUAACUGCCUCUGCAACUGGCAGUAUCAUCACCCGUCAAAAAAGCAUAGAGAUUAUUGCAAAAUGCAAAAUGGAAAACAAUUCAACCUUAGAAAUCAUGUACAUAACAGAAAAUAACAUAAUCCAAAACACAACUGCCAUGGGAAGAUACAAUGUUAGCAUGUCAUUCUAUGAUUCAGAUUCAUUCUCCACGCCUGUAUUUCAAUCCCCAUAUUUUGUAGACUUGAACCAAACUCUCUUUGCUCAAGUUAGCCUCCAUUCCACUGACCCAAAUCUUUUGGUGUUCAUUGAUACCUGCAUAACAUCUCCAAAACCUGAUUUUGGAUCACCAACAUAUGACUUAAUCAGAAGUGGCUGUAAUAAAGAUGACACUGUAGCAACCUACCCACCACUUGAACAGUACGGAAGAUUCAAAUUUAAUGCCUUCAAGUUCCUGCGGAGCUUUGCAUCAGUUUAUAUCCGGUGUGAUAUUUUAAUUUGCGACAGCAAUGACAGAAACUCUCGCUGUACUCAAGGCUGUAUCUCUAGGCAAAAAAGAGCUGCUUCUUCAUACAUGUGGAAAACUAAUGCUGUGGUAGGUCCUAUCCGCCUAAAAAGAGAUCACAGGUCUGCUGAUCAUUCAGAAUCCCUCACUAAACUGCGUGCUGAAGAAACCCCGAACCUGCAACAGUACAGCUUCUACACUCUUUCAUUUGUUGUUUUGACAUCAAAUAUUAUCAUUGUGGUAGCUGUGUUAUUAAAAUAUCACAUCAGGCGCCAAUUAGGAUAUGGCUACCAAAAAAUGCAGAGUCCAUAUUAA